AUGUACUAUGCACAGGGCCCAGCACAGUACUGGAGGAAAUGGCAGGCACAGGAUCUGACCACCCCGACCGCGUUCUCUCGUUCUCCGUCGCUAGUGUGGGAGUUCUACCAAUACCGUGAACCGUGCAAUACGCGUGAACUCAUGAUGACCAAGGAACCCAACCCGGCACACAUCGCCAUCGCUGAGUGUGAGGCACGACUUGCCAAACAGGUGAGAACUCUCUCUGCUCCCGACCCGAAGGCAAAAGAUGCUGGCAUACCAGUUGAACAACUACCCAGAUGUGAAGUGCGCGACUGUAACGGGCUCCUGCGUCCGCAUUUGGUGUGGUUUGGGGAGACGCUGGACUCUGACAUCCUGACUGCAGUGGAGCUGGACAUGUGCGACCUCUGUCUCGUGGUUGGCACCUCAUCUAUAGUGUACCCGGCAGCCAUGUUUGCACCCCAAGUGGCAUCCAGGGGAGUUCCAGUGGCAGAAUUCAACAUGGAGGACACCCCCGCCACUCUCUCCUACAGGUUCCAUUUUGAGGGGCCUUGUGGCAGCACUCUCCUCCCCGCUCUGGAGCGUCACGAGACUGAAACCAUCAUCUGAUUGUCCUCCCUCUUCUCUUUCUUUCUCUUUCUCUUCAUCACGCCAUCUUUAUCUCUCUCCCUCUCUUGCUCUUUCUCUUCAUCACACCAUCU